AUGUGUAACGACGACUUCAUCGUCGCGUUCAGGCACUGUCAGAUGACAUGCCGCAGAUGUGGCGAGCCGUCCGCGACAACGGCGCCUUCAUCGAUGGAAGACGCAGAGGCCAUGCGCGAAUCCGCCUCACAAUCACCGUCGAAGCACUGCCACAAUCUUGCGGGUUUCCGUGUGGCAACAACGGGGGAGCAGGCGUACUGCAUCAACGCCUGGGACCCCGUGAAGGGCGCCAAGGCAAAAGACGACCUCCUCACUGCAAGGCAGCAGGAGCCUCGUCGCGACCCGGCUCGACGUCCGUGA